AUGGAUCCACUACACCACUGGUCCCAGAUACAGGAAGUCCCUCCCAGCUUCCCAUUUUAUAGAGGCUCAGGCUCCGAAGAGAGCGACACCUACUGCUACUUUGGAAAAAAGAAACCUUCUCAGUCUGCAACGCCUUAUUAUAAUGGUUUUAAACCCACCUAUUAUGCUUUAUAUAUUAAUUAUUUAUUUGUCCUGAAAUAUUCUUUGUUCUUUAGGUUUUUUGUCAACUUUCCAUCUGCGAAGCAGUAUUUCAGCCAGUUCCAAGACAUGGAGGACCCUGAGGAGAUGGAGCAAAGCAGCCAACUGAGGCAGCACGCCUGCAGGGUGAUGAACGCCCUCAACACGGUGGUGGAGAACCUGAAUGACCCAGAGAAGGUGUCCUCAGUGCUGGCCCUGGUGGGGAAGGCCCAUGCCAUCAAACACAAAGUGGAACCAAUUUAUUUUAAGAUCUUGAGCGGAGUGAUCCUGGAGGUGCUGUCAGAAGACUUCCCAGAUUUCUUCACAGUGGAAGUGCAGAUGGUUUGGACCAAACUGAUGGGGGCGCUGUACUGGCACGUGACGGGGGCCUACACUGACGUGGGCUGGCUCCAGGUCUCCAGCUCUGCAGUGUGAAAAAUCAGGAAAGAAGAUGUUUGAAGUAUUUGUUGGAGAAAUAAAUAGAGUCAUGUGUGAAAGAUUGGGGGCUUGGUUUCACAGACAUGGAUGAGAUUAAUGCAGUAAUCUGUGCAACAUUCUUCCACACUUUGGUUGUAUCUUGGUGCUGAGCUUUUGCUGCUAAAGCUGUAGAGGUCAGUCGGGCACCAAGCGAUGUAACUAGACAUCACCUCACUCUUCUUGGCUUCUGUAAGUGGUGUUUUGGUUCAAGUGUUUUAGCGAAAAAAAAAAAAAAAAAAGGCUGUUGUUUUAAGUAUUUACCUUCCAGCUCUUCUACAGGUAAUUCCAGUCACUCCAGAAUCACAUAAACCAUCACUCUAUGUCUAGCAUGAGUGCUUUCCUAUUAAAGAAGCGCCACAGUCUUACAGUACCUGUAUCUCAAGGUCUGAUAAGGUUAAACUGCAUUUUUGGCUCAAAGAAGG